AUGGAGACGAUGAAGAUCAGCGUGAAAUGGAACAAGCAGGAAUUCGAGGAUGUCGAGGUGGAUCUCGGCGAGCCUCUUGCUCUCCUCAACGCCCAGCUCAUGACUUUGACGGGGGUGCCCGCGGAUCGGCAGAAGCUGAUGGCGAACCGCAAGCUGCUCAAGAGCGUGGAGGAUCUGCGCGCAGCUGCCAAGGGAGGAAAGAGCGUGAAAGUGACAAUGCUCGGAACUGCCGAAGGCGGCGAGUUGCAACAGCCGGCGGAGAAAACGGUCUUCCUCGAGGACCUCACGCCUGCACAGCAAGCCCAGCUGCUGCGAGAAAAAAACAUCGAACCUCUGCCCACCGGCCUCACGAAUCUGGGAAACACCUGCUAUCUGGCGUCAGUCCUGCAGAUGCUGAGGCCUUGCAGCGAGCUCACCCGAGCCAUCAAAAGCGACAUGCGAAACACGACCGGCGAUUCUGCCGCCUCAUACACGGCUCUCUCAGGCGCCGCCGGAGCUGUACAUCGCCUGGCUGUCGCGCUGAAGGAUUUUUACGGCCAGUGGGAGUCGACUGUCGGCGCUGUUCAGCCUGUGCUCCUCGUCCAUGCCAUUCGAGAGGCCUUUCCUCAGUUUGCGAGAAAAGCUCCUGCGGCGCCGGGCGGCCUGGGAGGGGGUUUUAUGCAGCAAGAUGCAGAGGAGUGCUUCAGCUGUUUGAUGACGGUGUUAAGCGACAGCUUGCCGGUGUCGCAGAACCGGAAGGCGUUCGAGGCUCUUCCAGCUCGGUACGAAAAGGCCUCGAACUUUGUCGAUGCUUUGUUUGCCUUCGACAUGCGUGUAACUACCCGACGCGAGCGCGGAGGAACGGCUCUCGCGGACGCCGAGGGCGACGCACCGGCGGCUUCUCCAGAGAUAAAGCGGGACAAAAACACAAAGUUCACCUGCUUCCUAGGCACCAUGCAGAACCCGAUCAACACCCUCGACGAGGGCCUCAAGUUCUCCCUCGCAGAAGAGCGCAUCGAUUUAGGCGCAGCCUCUGCAGGCUCGGCACAGACAGGCGCUGCUGGUGCAGGCUCUGAAGCAGCGAGUGUGACGCUCGUGCGGUCGAUGCAGUUCGAGACGCUGCCUUUCUACUUUCUCGUCCAGUUCAUGAGGUUCGAAUGGAAACGCGCCGGUGGGCAGGCGGAAAAGGCCAAAGUCUGCAGAAGCGUGAAAUUCGGGCCGACCCUCGACCUGUACAUGCACUGCACCGAUGAGUUGAAGGAGAGCCUUCGCAUCGGGCGCGCCGUCGUGGCUCUUCGACGAGAAAGGGAAGCAGGCGGUGUGAAGGACACGCAAAGAGAAGAUGAGGCGAAUGCGGGCAAAGAGACGAGCGCAGUUGCUGCGGCUUCCGACGCCGUCAUGGCUGACGAGAAGACUCCCGCGUCAACUGAGCCGUCGGCUGCAGGUGACAGUACGGUGUAUCGCACGGGGUUUUUCCAGCUGUUGGGGAUUGUGACUCACCAAGGCCGGCAUGCAGACACUGGGCACUACGUGGGGUGGACGAAGAAAGACCAGCGGGAGCCUCGUGUCAUCGAGAAAGAGAAGAAGCAGAAGGAGAGAGAGGAGGAGCGGAAGCGAGAAGAGAACCCGAGUGGAGUGGCCUUGAAGAAGAAGAAGGCCGCACCAGUUGACAUGUGGGUCAAAUUCGACGACGACAAAGUCACCGAGACACCGUGGGACCAGAUCGACCUGGCUGGCGGACGCAGCGACUACCACAUUGCCUAUCUCCUUUUGUUUCGAGAGAUUCUUGUGGACGCGACAGAGGAGGAAGUGCAGACGGUUGAGAAGAGCCACGCAGAGCAAAUGGCGCAAGCUCAGGCUGUGAACAAGCUGCCUAACGGCGAAGAGAAAAAGGCGCAAGAGUAG